CUGGAAAAGAGAGAAAAAAACUUUUUGUACCGAAGGAAUCAACAGCCGCCAUCUUGUCGUGGCUCGGAAUUAGGAUUUCGGUAGAUCACAAAUUUUUAUUUAGAAAUUGAGCAUCCAUUCCGAGGUUUGACGGCAAACUUCCCCUGAAAACGAAAUAUUUUCACCGUUUCUGAAGUAUUUUGGACGAAAAAACAGGAAUUCGAUCGGUCGUCGUCGGCAAGAAAACCCCGUAUAUCUGAUUUCCCCUUAAGUGCGGCGCUCGAGUCCCUAUCGCCGUUCGGAGCAGUAUAUUGUUUACCGGGGAUAACCGGAGAAGAAACAGCUUGUUACUGACAAUUUUGCAAAAAAAUGUAUAUGCAUUUUAUGGAGCUUCAAACCAUUUUUUGCAUGAAGACAUUUGACGUCAUAAAAAUGAGCUGUUUGAACAUCUAAAAUUAAAGAUUUAUGGGACAGGAAUAUAAUCCAUGUUAAUGUUUUUAGAUUUAAUUUUAACGUACAUUUUUCAUGGGAUUUUUUUUAUUGGGGUUAUUUAACGAUAAUGUGGGUGUUGGUUGUUGGAUUAUCAUGGGUUGAAUGGCGGUGGCGAAGCGGGGCGCUGUUGCAUCUUUUUUGAAAAUCUCACCCUCACUGCUUGAAAAUUAGCCAGUUAGCCAACGUUAGCGAGCAAACCGCUUGCUAACGUGCUAACUAGAGAAAGGUGGAGGUUGUCAGAACAACCUGUUCUGUCCCAGGAAUUUCAUUUUUUCAAAUAAUUAAAUAAGAAAUCCAUUAAAGAUCACAAUGGCUGAAAACCUGCUUGACGUCGGACCUCCCAACUCAAAGCGACCGAAGCUGAAUUCACCUGCGCUGUCAGCGUCAGAUGGACCAGUGGAUCUAGGCUCCUUAUCAUGGGACGACCUGGAGAACGACCUGCCAGACGAGCUGAUCCCCAACGGAGGCUCUGGCCUGGGGGGUAUGACUGGGGGCGGAAUGCCCUCCAAUGGGGGUAACGUCAACCCUGGGGGUCCUGGUCCUCUGGGCUCCAAGGUCCCGGACGCAGUGGCCAAACACAAGCAGCUGUCAGAACUCCUCCGGGUGGGUAGUGCCUCUGGUCUCAUCGGGGGUGCUGGAGGAGGAACUCAGCCCAGUGGCAUUGGGGGUCAGUUGGGUGCAGCACACGGGAAGAGCUCCUUGGGUCAAGGGUCGCCGAAAGCGGGGACCGGACAGAACUUCAACCAGUCUCUGGGGGGCCAUGCCGGGAUGUUAGGUCAGGGUGGGCAGCACCAGCUGGGCCAGGUGAUAAACGGAGGCCUGGGGCUGGGUCCUGGAAGUGGACGAGGCCGGGGUCAGUACCAGGCCAUGCAGGCGGCACCAGGAGGAGGAGUGGGCAGCUCGCUGGCAGAGACCCUCACACAGCAGGGCGGGCCACAGGUGGGCGCUGCCACCCUGAACGUUGUCGCCGCCCAGCAGGCGGGCAACAUGAACAAGUUGGGCCUGGGCAGUAACGGUGGCAGUCCGUUUGGUGGUCAGUAUGGCCAGGGGGGGCCAGGGCAGGGGGUGAACCCCCAGCAGCUUCAGAACAAGGCAGCACCCCUUACCACCGUCACCAGCGUGCCAAACCUGCUCCAGCAGCAGCCCGGGCAGCAGGUGCCCUCGGUGGGCAUGGUCCCUGUGCCCGGCAGUGUAUCCAUCUCUGGCCCCACGGCCGACCCGGAGAAGCGCAAACUGAUCCAACAGCAGCUGGUGCUCCUGCUCCACGCCCACAAGUGCCAGCGGCGAGAGCAAGCCAAUGGGGAGGUGCGGGCCUGCGCCCUGCCACACUGCCGCACCAUGAAGAAUGUCCUCAACCACAUGACCCACUGCCAGGCCGGCAAGUCCUGCCAGGUGGCUCACUGUGCGUCAUCCAGACAGAUCAUCUCACACUGGAAGAACUGUACGCGGCACGACUGUCCUGUCUGCCUGCCGCUAAAGAACGCCAGUGACAAGAAGAACCAGCAACCCUUGCUGAGUUCCCCCAAUGCUGCCCUCCAGAACUCCCUGGCCUCUGUGGUCUCUGGCCCUCCCAGCUCUCCCUCCCUCAACACCCCCACCCCCAUCGACCCCUCCUCCAUGCAGAGGGCCUAUGCUGCCCUGGGCCUGCCAUACAGCAACCAGACCCCCACCCCUGGUCAGACCCCCCCAGAGGGACAGAACGCUACCCAGGGGCAGCAUCCACAGCUGAUGAGACCCAUCAAUGCACUAGGUAACCAGAUGGCUCUGGGGGGCGGGGCGAUGGGCGUGGCCUCGUCAGAUCAAACCAAUCUGCACUCUGACUCACUCAACGCCAACAAUCAGCUGCUGUCCGACGGGUCAGUUGUUGGCUCCAUGGGGGGUAGCCUGCCCACUGCCGCCCCCCUCUCAGCAUCAGGAGUCAGGAAGACCUGGCAUGAACACGUCACUCAGGACCUCCGCAACCACCUCGUCCACAAACUAGUACAAGCCAUUUUCCCCACCCCAGAUCCGGCAGCUCUAAAGGAUAGGCGGAUGGAGAACCUGGUAGCAUACGCUAGGAAGGUUGAGGGGGACAUGUACGAGUCUGCCAACAGCAGGGAUGAAUACUACCACUUUCUGGCAGAGAAGAUCUAUAAAAUCCAGAAGGAACUGGAGGAGAAGAGGAGGUCUCGGCUCCAGAAACAGAUCAUCAACCAGGGGCCUCUGACGGCUGCAGGAGCCCAACAGCAGCCUGGAGGUCUCCCGCAGCCCAACACCCUGGGCCCUGGGCAGUCUGUUAGGCCACAGAAUGGACCUGUGUCUAUGCCCAAUGUGCCAAAUCAGAUCAUGAAUCGCAUGCAAAUUGUUCAAGGGCUCAAUCAGUUCAGCCCCAUUGCCCUGCCCAACAUCCAGAUGUCCCAGCAGCCUCUAGGCCCCCGUGCCGUCUCCCCCAUGAACCACCCCACACAGAUCAACAUGGGCUCCGUUCCCUCUAUGGGUCUGUCUCCCUCGCGGAUGCCACAGGCCCAGGGCAUGCUGGGAGCCCACGGCGGCGGCGGCAGCAUGGUGGGCCAGACGGCCAAUCAAAAUAGUCAAUUCCAUCCCCCCCAGACCCCAUUUCCCCCCUCUGCCUCCGGCGCCAUGAAUGCUAACAACCUGGGUCUAGGCCAGCCCCCAGCACAGGCUGCUGUCACACAGCUUUCUCAGACAGGUGCCAGUCUGGAUAGCCGGGUGCCCACCCCAGCUUCUGUCGCCAGCGGCGACUUGCAUUCGCACUCCCAGCAUGCUUUACCUGACCUGCCGGCCCAGGAGACCAAGGCCGAGCUGCGGCUUAGGGACCAGCGGGAGUUUGAGUCGGCCAGUGGCAAGACCGAGCCCAAGAUGGAGACUGAGGAGGACUCUGGUUCGCUGUCAGUGAAGGAGGAGCCAGAAGAGAAGCAGGUGCCAAUGGAGACUGAGGAAAAGAAGCUGGAGAUUAAGACUGAGCCCAAAGAGGAGGAGGGGGGAGGAGCCAACGGCUCAGUGUCCUCAUCCCCUUCUCAGUCACGGAGGAAAAUCUUUAAGCCAGAGGAGCUGCGCCAGGCUCUCAUGCCAACCCUAGAGUCUCUUUACAGACAGGACCCAGAGUCUCUACCCUUCAGACAGCCUGUAGACCCCAUGGUACUGGGCAUCCCAGACUACUUUGACAUCGUGAAGAACCCCAUCGACCUGUCCACCAUAAAGCGUAAGCUGGACACGGGUCAGUACCAGGAACCCUGGCAGUACGUGGAAGACAUCUGGGUCAUGUUCAACAACGCCUGGAUCUACAACCGCAAGACAUCCCGUGUCUACAAGUUCUGCUCCAAGCUGGCCGAGGUGUUUGAGCUGGAGAUAGACCCCGUUAUGAUGAGCCUUGGCUACUGCUGCGGCCGCAAGUAUGAGUUCUCACCUCAAACUCUCUGCUGUUAUGGUAAGCAGUUGUGCACCAUACCCACCGGCGGCACCUACUACAGCUACCAGAACAGGUAUCAUUUCUGUGAGAAGUGCUUCAAUGAGAUCCAGGGGCACAAUGUGACGUUAGGGGACGACCCGGCACAACCACAGACAAUGAUAUGUAAAGACCAGUUUGAGAGGAAGAAGAACGAUACACUAGACCCUGAACCGUUUGUGGACUGUAAAGAUUGCGGACGGAAGAUGCAUCAGAUAUGUGUUCUUCACUAUGACGUCAUCUGGCCAUCCGGAUUCAUCUGUGACAACUGUUUGAAGAAGAGUGGGAAAACACGGAAAGACAACAAGUUUUCUGCAAAACGGUUGCAGACGACGCGGUUGGGCAUGUACAUCGAGGACCGGGUGAAUAAGUAUCUGAAGAGGCAGAACCACCCUGAGGCAGGGGAGGUGUACGUACGAGUGGUGGCCAGCUCUGACAAAACUACAGAGGUCAAACCUGGCAUGAAAUCCAGGUUUGUGGACACCGGUGAGAUGUCUGAAACCUUCCCCUACAGAACCAAAGCGCUUUUUGCCUUUGAGGAGAUCGACGGCGUGGAUGUGUGUUUCUUCGGGAUGCACGUUCAGGAGUACGGCUCGGACUGCUCCUUCCCCAACACCAGACGGGUUUACAUAUCUUACCUGGACAGUAUUCACUUCUUCAAACCUCGACUGCUAAGGACGGCCGUCUAUCAUGAGAUCCUUAUUGGCUACCUGGAGUAUGUAAAGAAACUCGGCUACUCUCAGGGUCACAUCUGGGCGUGCCCCCCCAGCGAGGGGGACGACUACAUCUUCCACUGCCACCCUGCCGACCAGAAGAUCCCCAAGCCCAAGAGGCUGCAGGAGUGGUACAGGAAGAUGCUGGAGAAGGCCUUCGCUGAGAGGAUCCUCCAUGACUUCAAGGACAUCUUCAAGCAGGCGACAGAGGACUGUCUGACGGGGGCCAACGAGAUGCCCUACUUUGAGGGGGACUUCUGGCCCAACGUGCUGGAGGAGAGCAUCAAGGAGCUGGAACAGGAGGCGGAAGAGAGGAAGAAGGAGGAGAACGUAGCCUGCUCCGACACACCUGAGGGCACGCCGGCGGACACGAAGAACGCCAAGAAGAAGAACAGCAAGAAGACCAAUAAGAACAAGGGCAGCGUGAGCCGAACCAAUAAGAAGAAGCCUGGCAUGCCGAUUGUAGCCAAUGACCUGUCCCAGAAGCUCUACGCCAGCCUCGACAAACACAAAGAGGUGUUCUUUGUGAUCCACCUGCACUCGGCCCAGAUGGCCAACAUGUUGCCCCCCAUCAUGGACCCUGACCCCCUGCUGAACUGUGACCUGAUGGACGGCCGCGACGCCUUCCUCACCCUGGCCCGGGACAAGCACUGGGAGUUCAGCUCUCUCAGGAGGUGUAAGUGGAGCACCAUGUGCAUGUUGGUGGAGCUGCACAACCAGGGUCAGGACCGCUUCGUCUACACCUGCAACGAGUGUAAACACCACGUGGAGACGCGCUGGCACUGUACCGUCUGUGAGGACUUUGACCUGUGUAUCAACUGCUACGCCGCCAAGGGCCACGAGCACCAGAUGGUCAAGUGGGGCCUGGGGCUGGACGACGACGGCAAUGGAGCGGGCAGCGCCGGCGAGGCCUCUAAGAGCCCCCAGGAGUCACGCCGUCUCAGCAUCCAGCGUUGCAUUCAGUCCCUGGUUCACGCCUGCCAGUGUCGCAACGCCAACUGCAGCCUGCCGUCCUGCCAGAAGAUGAAGCGUGUGGUGCAGCACACCAAAGGUUGCAAGAGGAAGACUAACGGUGGUUGCCCCGUGUGCAAGCAGCUCAUCGCUCUGUGCUGCUACCAUGCCAAGCACUGCCAGGAGAACAAGUGUCCUGUACCGUUCUGUCUUAACAUCAAGCACAAGCUUAGGCAGCAGCAGCUCCAGCACCGCUUACAGCAGGCUCAGAUGAUGAGGAGAAGAAUGGCCACCAUGCAGGGAAGAGCAAUGCCUCAGAGCUUACCGUCCCCCCCCCAGGCCCCCACUACAGCCCCCAACACAACCCCCUCACACCCCCAGCCUAACACACCCCAAACCCCCCAACAACCACUUUCAAACCAGCCGCAGACCCCAAACGCUGCAGGUAUGUCACCAGUGUUCCCUCCUCGCAACGGUCAUCCCCUUACGCCAGCUUCCCAGGGCAAGGGGGGACCUCAAGCGUCUCCUUUACACCAGCAGCAGUCACCUCUCCCCCCACAACCUCCCCAACCCCAGCCUCAACCUCAACCUCAACAACCUUCUCAACAACAACCCCCUCUCGCUGCGGUCAAGAUGGCGCGGCACAUUGAGAUGGUGGCCCAGGCGCAGCAGCAGAACCAGCAGAACUACCGGGUCAACAUGAACGGCCUGCCACUGCAACAGAACCCCCAGCCUCACCCCCAGCAGCAGCAACGCAUGGCCGGACCCAUGCAUGUGGUUGGGGGUCAAAUGGUGGGACCCAGAGGGCCCCAGGGCAUGCAGCAGCCCAUGGCCCCAGGUCAGUGGCCCAGCGCUGGGGGAGCCAUAACGGGAGCUCAGCCUGGACAACCAGGAGUUGGAGUCCCUCCUCAGGUGGGUCAACCCCAGCAGGGGAUACCGAUGCAACAGAGACCCAUGUUGUCUCCUCAGCAACAGGUUCAGAGGAUGUUGGUCCCCCAGCCGGGGGGUCCCAGACCACAGACGCCAUCCCAGAGACCCGGGGCCAUCGCCCCCAAUGCCCUCCAGGACCUCCUGAUGACCCUUAAGUCCCCCAGCUCACCCCAGCAGCAGCAGCAGGUCCUCAACAUCCUGAAGUCCAACCCCCAGCUCAUGGCGGCAUUCAUCAAACAGAGAACAGCCAAGUACCACGCCAGCAACCCCCUGCAACAACAGCAGCCAGGGGUGUUGGGAGCCCAGACGGCGAUGCAGGCUGGGGCCGGGGGGGGACAGAGGCCCGGGAUCUCCCCUCAGCAGCCUCAACAACCCACCGCCCAAGGGAUGGCUGCCUUAGGACCCCAGGGGCAACUAAUGAACCCUGGACACAACCCCCAACCCAACGCUGCCCAGAUACAGGAGCUCUACCGGAGGCAGCUCCUUCGACAGCAGCAACAGCAGCAGCAGCAGCAGCAGCAGCAGCAACAACAACAACAACAACAACAACAACAACAGCAGCAGCAACAACAACAACAACAACAGCAGCAGGCCCAUCCUGGUCCGUUCCCUCCCCAGACCCAAGGCCAGACGGCCAGCUACUCUCAGCUCCGCAUGCAGCAGCUAGCCAUGCAUGCCCAGGGCCAGCUCCCUCCCAUGGCCCAGAUGGGUCAAUCUGGCCUGGGCAUGGACCCCUCCACCACCCAGAACCUCUUGCACCAGCGGAUGCUCCAGCAACAACAGCAGGGUAUCUCUAACCAACAGGCCAUCCUCAAGCAGCAGAUGGGUGGCUCCCCGGUCCUGCCUAGCCCCGCCAUGAGUCCCCAGGCCCACCUGCUGGCCAGCCAGCCCCAAUCUGGAGCUCACCUCCCUGGCCAGUCCCCAAUGGCCAAUGCCCUCUCCAACCGGUCCCCUGCACCUGUACAAUCCCCGUGCCCGCCCUCGCAACAACCCCCACAUUCCAGCCCUUCUCCCCAGGUUCAGCCCUCAUCCCACCCGGGGUCCCCCCACCCAGGCUUGGGGGGCCCAAUGCCUGGCUCCAUGGACCAGGGACACUUGGCGGAGCAGAGCGCUAUGCUAUCGCAGAUGAACACGCCCGCCAGAGGAGGGUUGAAGAGUGACUUGGGUACUGGAGGGGAUACGACAGGAGAUACGCUGGAGAAGUUUGUGGAGGGAUUGUAGCAUUAAACAGGAGACUUGGGCUGUGUCCCAAAUAGGUGACACCCUAUUUCCAACUAGUACACUCGGGCCCUGCUCAAAAUGAGUGCAUUAUGUAGGGAAUAAGGUGCCAUUUUGGAUGCAUACAGAAACAAACCACACUCUCCCCAUCCUCCACUGAUGUACUCAGACUCUGGGUCCGUCCCCUUUUUGAGACUUUGUUCUUAAUGAAACUCUUUCUUUUUCUUUCUCUUUUUUUUACUGACAUGUACAAUGUUUCAAGAGAUGUAAAAAGAGAGAAAAUGGGAUAAAAAUUAAAAAUGCCAACACUUAUAGGGGAAUGUUGAUGUUUCCUAAAACUGGUGUUUCUUCCUAAUGAAUCGGGAUUUUGCAAAUUGCUGUUUAAAAGACGUUUAAAUCACAAAGAAUAUAUAUUUUUUUGGUUGAGACCAAAAUGUGCUCAGACUUUGUUUUAUUUGUUUGGUAUUUGGUAUGAUGUCAUGCCUUUCAUUUUCUUUUUUAAGGAAAAUGUACAAAACAAUUGCAUUAUAGUAUUCAUACUUAUAAUUUUGUACCCUUUGUUUUGUGUUGAGACUGUAAAAUAUUUUUGUCUGGGAAUCGGGAUAGGUUUCUUUUCUCAAGUUCUUCUCAUUCCUGGGACAUACAUCCAGAAAAUGUCUCCCUAUUCCGAAUAUAGUUUAGUGCACUAUAUAAGGACUAGGGAGACAUUCCAGAUGUAGCCCUGGCAAUUGUAAUCUAAAGUGUUGUACAAUUUUUAUAGAUCCACCUGCAUUUGAGAGGGAGGGGGACUCUUUUUUUCCUCUUUGUGACGUGUGUGUGUGUGUUCCAUGAGAACUAUCCAUUUGUAUUGAAAUAGGAAAUGGACUGUGGCAGUUUGUAAUACACUGGCAUUUAUGCAGAAACACUUGACACACACAUACACGGAAUGCCAAACUCUCAAAAUACACACAAAACAAGGACAAAAUCUCACUAGCCUGGAAACCGGAAUCUCUGUCUUGACUUGAGGAUGUAGAAAAUUGUGGUUCUGUCAUUUAAAAAGUUUGUCAUCAUUUGUUGUGUAAAGUUAAGUAUAUUAAGAGAACAGACUCUUAUCCUGAGGGGGAAUGGGGGACAGAAGGACUCUUAUCCUGAGGGGGAAUGGGGGACAGAAGGACUCCUAUCCUGAGGGGGAAUGGGGGACAGAAGGACUCCUAUCCUGAGGGGGAAUGGGGACAGACUGACUCCUAUCCUGAGGGGGAAUGGGUGUUCAUUGCUUGACUGCUUGUUUGUUUUGAAAAGAGAAAUAAAUAGUCCAGCUGUCUAUCAACCCUCCAUCCUCAUUCCCCUCUCUCAAAAACACAAACUUGAAUAAAACUUUGGGUGGGUUACGUUCUCCUAGCUCCAUAUUGUAAAUCAUGCAAGUCGUUAUUAAGCAAAAAUACUAUAAAUAUAAGGAAGAGCGAAUGAAAUCACUGUAUAAACUGGUUAAAGACUCAUUUCUUACUUAUAUACCAUAUUGUUAAAUAAACUGUGUGCAACAGUUAACACUUGGAGUUAUA